CUUCAUCUGCGGAUCAUGUCAUGAUCUAGCCUCAUCUCCCUCCCCGCCUCUUAUGUUGCUUCCAGGGCCUCUCCGAUUAUGAUUGCUCGAUUCACGAGUCUCCGGGCCCUGGUUCUGUGUCCAUGCUUCUGCUAUGUCCUCCGCAGCGCAUAAGAGUCAUCCACCCACAGGGAAUGGUGUGACUAAGCGCAAGUCAGGCUCUGCGGCCUGCGUCCACUGCCACCGACGCAAAGUCCGAUGUGAUGCCCGCCUUGUCGGCCUCCCAUGCUCCAAUUGCCGCUCCGCGGGAAAGUCCGACUGCCGGAUCCACGAGAAGAAGAAACGCCUGGCCGUGCGAUCAAUUCUCGAUCCGGUUCCGAUCCGCUGUCGUCCUCCUUCUGUCUCCGAACCUACACCUACCCCCAAGCCAUUGUCUGCCGCUGCUACUACCCCGCCUAGCGCUUACACCUCCUCCUCCUCCGCCACCACCACAUUCCGCAACAUCCAGCCGGAAGUAACAACGCCAGUCGCAAACACCACCUCGAACAUCCACGCCCUUCACCAUACCCUUAAUCAUAAUGUUAAUCACCCUCCGCAACAACCCGCUGAAACCUCGGCAUAUACCCGCCCCACCGCUCCUGAUGUCUCGAAUGAGCAGGACUCGCACGCAGAUCUGGAUGAGAGAUUGGUCAAACUCAUCGAUGAGGAGGAAUCGGGCAGUCGGGAGAUCCGGAGAGGCGUGCGAGCCAUCUACGUGGGCCAUGAGCUGUCCAACAUGUCUUUCUUGAUUCGCCAGCAGCGAGAUAAGGACGACGACGUAUAUCAUUUUGCGGGCAAUGAUAUCCCCCGACGGCAGCUGAGGACGGGACACGACCAGCUUCUCAUGGAUGCGCUCACAUUGCCCGAAUCGGCUCUCGCGGAUGAGCUAGUGCAGGCUUAUUUCGACCAUGUCAACCCCGGGUAUCCCAUUGUCGAUGAGGACCUGUUCAUGGCCCAGUACCGGAAUCGGGACCCAGCGGAUCCCCCGCCAAUUCUGCUGCUCCAGGCCAUUCUGCUCGUCGGAGCCCAUGUAACCCAUUCGAAGGCGGAGCGCGAUGUGCUCAAGGAAAUCUUCUUUCGUCGCGCGAAGUGGUUGUUUGACAGCCGCAUCGAGCGGAACCGUGAUAUCCUGGUGCAGGCUGCCCUGCUUAUGACCUGGCAUUCGGAUAGUGCGGACGAUGAUGUCGCGGCUAACGCGCAUUACUGGGUGGGAGUAGCUGCUCGGAUUGCUACGGGGCUUGGGAUGCACCGCAAUCCGGUGUCCAGUCGGUUUGUGCCCCGGGAUCGGAGGAUGUGGAGGAGGCUCUGGCAUAUUCUGGUCCAGUUCGAUGUCAUGGUUUCUCUGUCCUAUGGUCGACCCCAGGCAAUCAACCUCGAGGACUCGGACGUAUCGGCCCUGACACUUUCCGAUUUCGAGGGAUGCGGAGAUCGAGUGCAAUCCGAAUACUCGAUCCAUUUCUCGGAGCUCUCCGUCAUGAUCUCGUACAUUAUUCGAAGCCGCUUCGGAUUACGGGUGAGCGCAGAACGCCGCAAGGCCGUCCUGCAAGAAGCCGACGAGGCCCUCGCCAAUUGGUCCCUGAAGCUCCCGGACAAGCUUCGUCUGCGCGCCUCCGACAUGGACCCGUGGUCCGCCAUGCUGCAUCUCACGUACAACAACUUCCUCAUCCUCCUGCAUCGCCCGCACCCCCGCGCCUCCGCCUACUCGGACGACUACGGGCCCCAUGACGCCGAGAUCUGCAGCGCAGCCGCGGGAGUCAUCGCCUCCAUCUUCGAAGAGCUCCGUUUGAACAAUCGACUGAAAUUCCUGUGGUACUCGGGCGUGCACACCCUCUUCACAGCCAUGAUCCAAGUCCGGGUCGAACUGCGCUUCUCCAACCCCGUUCUCGCCAUCAACGCCCUCCGCCGCUUUGACUCGGCCUUCUACUCCCUCCGCGAACUCGCCGGCUUCUGGUCCCACGCCAACACUAUCCUCCGUCUCUUCGAAGACUCCAAACGUCUCCAGGAAGAUCUCCGAACAGCAACGAGCGACCGGUCCCGUCGCUUCAGCAAUAACCCAAUCCCCCACGACCAGUCCAAGAAUACCCACCACAACCCCUCCAUCUCUUCUUCUUCCUCUUCCUCUUCCGCCACGUCCAACUCGUCAAUACCAACAAAACCAGCCACAACAACACCAACAGCCAUCCCAAUAGAAACCCCCCAAACUCACAUCAAUACCACCCUCCCCACCCCCGUCGUCGACACCAACGCCGUGGCAGACACCAACACCGACGCCGACGCCAUCGACGCCCCCCGCGAAUCCCUCGACUGGCGACAACUCUUCUCCUUCACGGACCUCGAUCAGCCCGUUCUUCCCAUGGCUAUGGAGGGUCUGCCGGAGUUGGAGGACGAGUGGCGCCAGAUUUAUUGGCAGGAGACCCCCAUGUCGGAUUUAUUGUUGGAUGGGGGUUGGAUGCAUGGGUGAUUACUAAGUAUUAUAUGCCAAUGGAUUGUGUGGCAUGGGUGGGUGUGUGUGCUAUGCUGUGCUGCUGAUUAGCGAUAUGUUUGUGUUGUGUUUUGUUCUGUUUUAACUUGUCUUGUCUUGUCUUGUCUGUGCUCAUGCUUGUGUCUUGUCUUGUCUUGUCUUGUCUUGUUUUGUCUAUAUCUGUGCCUGUUUUGCCUACUGUUGAUGUUGAUGUUGAUGUUGAUGUUGAUGUUGAUAUUGAUAUAGCCAGCCGGGUAGAUUGAUUGAGUGAGUGAGUGAGUGAGUGAGUGAGUGACUGGCAUUGCAGUUGCAGUUGCAGUUGCAGUUGAUGAGAUGAUCAUGAUAAUGAACCGAAUUUUAUUUUAAAUUG